AUUAAAACACGCCGUGUGCAUGGAAGACUUUAACGUUUCCUGGCCGGAGGUGCUGCUCCUGAUUCGGCCUCAUGCGUGAGUAGCUGCUCGGUUUGUUUUGGAAGCUGUGGGAGGCUCGGAUCAGCUGACUGCCGCCUGUCCCCUCAAGAUGGGCCUCGGAGGUGCCAGGUGUCGGCUGUUGCGCCUGAUGUCAUGACGCGUGUGUUGAUAUUCCCUUGACAACCGCGGAUCGGAUACCAAUAUUCAGGCCCAUCAUGCCCGUCACGCUGCUGUGGGCCGUGGACGUCUACGGCCGGGUCUACAGCCUCUCCACGGCCGGCCAGCGCUGGGAGCGAGCCGACGACCUGCUGCUGGAGCUCAAGAGGGUCACGGCGGGGAAGGGCCGCUGCUGGGGCAUCGGCUGCGACCACCACGUUUACCUCAACAUGAUGCCCAGCGAGGCGUCCAUCCGCUACCGGGAGGAGACCUACGAAAACCAGAGGUGGAACCCGGUGGACGGUUUCACCGACACCCUGCUACCCACCGACCGCUGGCCGUGGAGCGACGUCACCGGGAUGAAUCCUCAACCGCUCCACAGCUUCCAGCUUCCCUCUCGCAGCUGGGAAUGGGAAGGGGACUGGUUUGUGGAUCAGAGCUGUGGAGGAGAACCGAGCCAGACUGGGGGCUGGGAGUAUGCAGUUGAUUUUCCGGCCAACUUCUCCCCAGACAAGAAGUGGAACUCAUGCGUUCGUCGUAGAAGAUGGAUCCGCUACAGAAGAUACACAGCACAAGGCACCUGGGCCAGGAUCCCGUUGGACAACCCCAAGAAACCUCCGCUGCCGCUCUGUGACAUCAGCUGUGGCGGCUGGGAGAUGAGCGACCAGUCGGGAAGGUAUCCUUACCUCUGGGGUGUUUCCCAACAAGGACAGGUGUGGUUCAGGGAAGGCAUCCAUCCUCGCGUCCCAGAGGGCUCCAGCUGGGAGGAGGUAGAUGUUCCCAAGGAGGUGGCUCAGUUAUCGGCCGGACCUGGAGACCUUCUGUGGGCUUUACUGUGGGACGGAAACCUGUUGGUUCGUACCGGCCUCAGCCUGGACAGCCCCACUGGCACAUCGUGGACGGAGGUGGAAUCACCAGGGAAGGAGGUUGAAGCUCUGCAUGUGUCUGUCGGAGUCAGCGUGGUCUGGGUGGUCACCAAAGACUACAAGGUGUGGUUCAGGCGUGGCGUCAACUCCCACAAUCCCUGUGGCUCCGGCUGGAUCAGCAUCGGAGGCGAGAUGUUGAUGGUGGAUGUCGGACUCAAUGACCAGGUUUGGGCGGUUGGUGAAGACCGCGGCCUGUAUUUUAGAAUCGGUGUGACUCCGUCUGAACCCAGUGGGAACGGCUGGAUCCCUGUUUCUGGCCAGUGGGGCAACAAUAAAGAAGUUAUUCCACCCAGGGAGGACCGUGAGUUCAGUGGGCAGCUGACUGAAGCCUCACAAGCUUCAGUUCUCAGCUGCACCGAUUCAGACUCUGAAUUAGGCCCGGCUGAACCUCAGAACAUCACCUCGGACGCCCCGGUUCUGGAGGCACAAGCUCCCUCUGUGGUCCCCUUAGGAGCCGCCGACUCACCUCCACCUCCCCAGGAAGCAGAUGAAACUCCCUCAGCCCCCCAGAAAGAUGCGCCCAAACCCUUCAUCCCCGCCAGCGACAGCUUCAUCAACAGUUUAGUCUCCGACCGCGACAGAAGCGCAGCAUCGCAGCCGUCCAUCGCAGAGCUCCCGCAGCAGGAGAGUGAGGAGCUGUCGCCGGCCCCGAUACUCCUGACCCCCGAGGCUGCCGGACACGACGUCCCCUGGAUGAACGUGGACCUGGAGGGGGCCGAGGCGGCUCGGAGCGCCCAGGCUGCAGGGGCAUCACUGGGAGACGGCGCUGCAGCUGCAACUUAUGCUCUGGGAACUCUGGAGGACUCCCAGGGCGUCGGGGAGGAGGACGGGCCGGUGUGGACUUGGAUCUCUGGUGGAGGAUGUGAUGUGGAUGCAAGUUCACAGAUCAGCUGGCUGAGUCCGACAGGUCCUCUCACCAGCUCCCUGUCGCUGACUCCGGUCCAAUCAGCCGCCUGGAGCGAUCAGCAGCAGCAGCAGCAGGAUCACCGAGAGGAGAUCAGCAAGAAACCGCUGGAGAGAAGCAACUCGGUUUGGGUGCGUAAAGGAACAUUACGAUGGUGGAGGGACUGGAAACCUCAGCGCUGGGUCGACGUGGGAGUCGCUCUGGAACAGUCCACCAGGUCUGACGGCAGGAAGGACAGCAUUUUCUUCGUCUACUACACCCAGUAUGACGAGAAAAAGUUCCUUCAUGUGUUCAUAAACGAGGUGACGGUUCUGGUUCCGGUGCUCAGAGACUGCCACCACGCCUUCGCUGUGUACACUCCUGAAAGGACCAAACAGAGGUGGCCUCUGGUCCUGGCAGCACAGACUGAGAAGGACAUGGAAGACUGGCUGUGCUUGUUGUCUGACUGCUGCUGUGAGUGUCGAGGGAUCUCGGGUCCUCCGUCCAGACAGGCCCUGUGGUCCACCACGUCGAAGGGGGACGUCAUGGUCCACGAUCCGGCCUUCUCCCUGGAGGCGGCUGCACACACCAUGGCCUGUGACCUCAUGUUUUGGCGGCAGGUUCCGGGUCACCUGCGCUGCGUAGAGUCCAACAGUCUGGGGCUGGUGUGGGGCAUCGGGUGGGACGGCACCGCCUGGGUCUACAGCGGGCCCGGCUCGGGAGAUGCGGCUCAGAUGCAGCAGCAGACUGACAUCAGGAGUGUCCACGUCUACGAGAACCAGAGAUGGAACCCCAUGACCGGAUACACCGACAAAGGACUUCCUACAGACCGACCCAUGUGGAGCGACGAGAGCGGAUUAAAGGAGUGCACCAAAGGAAACACACAUCCACCUUCUCCUCAGUGGUCCUGGGUGUCAGAGUGGGCCGUGGACUUCAACGUCCCUGGAGGAACCGACAAAGAAGGCUGGCAGUACGCUGCAGAUUUCCCCACGACGUUUCACGGCCACAAAACCAUGAAGGACUUUGUGAGGCGCAGGAGAUGGACGAGGAAGUGUAAGAUCACGAUGAGAGGUCCGUGGCAGCAGGUCCCGCCCAUCCGUCUGAGUGACAUCUCUCUGAUGCCCUGUCUGGCUCAGAGCCGGAUGGAUCAGGUCCCCGUCUGGGCCCUCAGCGAUAAAGGAGACGUCUUGUGUCGGCUGGGAGUCAGUCAGCAAAACCCAGCGGGCAGCUCGUGGCUCCACGUCGGCACAGAUCAGCCCUUUAAGUCCAUCUCCAUCGGCGGAGCCAGUCAGGUUUGGGCGAUUGCAAAGGAUGGAGCCGUUUUCUACAGAGGAUCAGUUUCUCCACAAAACCCUGCAGGAGAAUGCUGGUACCACAUCCCCUCUCCUCUGAGACAGACCCUCAGGCAGCUCUCUGUGGGGAGGACUUCUGUCUUUGCUGUGGAUGAAAACAGUAACCUGUGGUACAGACAGGGCCUCACCCCCAGCUACCCUCAGGGCUCCGCCUGGGAGCUCAUCUCCAACAACGUCACCAAGGUUUCUGUGGGACCGCUGGACCAGGUGUGGAUCAUCGCAGACGGAGUUCCAGGUUUCCCCUCGGAGACUCCCGGAGCCGUCAGCCACAGACUGGGGGUCGGACCGAUGCAGCCCAAAGGCCAGUCCUGGGACUACGGCAUCGGGGGAGGAUGGGAGCACGUCAGCAUUAGAGGAAACUCCUCAGAGGCCCCUCGUGGCCCCCAGGCUCUUCCAGGUGGCCCCUCACGGAGCCCCGCCCCCCAGAGGAGCCCCGCCCCCCAGCGGCCUCCGGCUCAAGUGAAUGGAAGCGCUGUGGUCGUGUAGCUCCUCCCAUCUCCUCCUCCUCCUGCAGCCCUGUUUGUGCCUGGACCCCCCAUCCGUCUCCUCGGACCCUCAUCCCUUCAUGGAAAGGGAACGCACAAAUAACACGACUGACAUUAGACCGACUGUACGUUUGGGUUGGAUCCGAUCCAUGGAUGAACGUUGCUCUCUUAAACGAAGGAUAGACCUCCAUCUUCAUAAAACGUGAGCGCAUGUGUUUGCUCUUACAAAGCUUUGGGGUUCACUGGGAUCUAGCAAUAGCUUUUAUUCUAAUAAACAGGGCGGGUUUCUGCUGAAGGGCUAAGGUUCGGUUACCAAAUGAACUUCAAACUCACACCGUCCCGCUGUAAACGUACCGGUUUGUAGAAUCUUAUUCUGUUUGUUUUUGUGUCUGAUUUGCCUGUCAUACACCUGCAUGUGGUUAUAUUUAUUUAUUUAUUUAUUUAUUUAUUUAUUACUCUGCUAAGGAACGUGGUGGAGUUAUGUGAUGACCACUGUACGUUUGUUUGUCCGUCUGUCUGUCUGUUAGCAACAUCACUCAAAAACAGACCAACAGAUUUGGAUGAAAUUUUCAGGGAAGGUCAGAAAUGAUACAAGGACCAAAUGAUUAGAUUUUGGCAGUGAUGCAGCUUAUAGUCUGGAUCCAUGGAUUUGUUCAAAAUUUCUGUAUCAUUGCCAGAUAGCAGCACGGCGUCACUGUAACCAUGACAACAAGUGAACGCUACAUCAGCUGCUUGCUGAUGACCACAUGAUUGUGAUCCUACUACAAAUCCACCACUGUGGACUUAUCAGGAUUUAUCCAUUGGAAAUGAUCCAAGGAACAACUGAUUAAAUUGUGGGGGUGUUUCUGAGUCCCAUCAAUUCCCGCCGCCUUCUACAUAUUUAGAUCACAUGAUUCAGUAUCUGUACAUAACGUACACAUGCAGAACACACACCUGAUGCUGUGAUUUCUGCCACGAGUCUUUUAAAGAUUUCAUCUGUCAGAAAUGAUACGACUGAGCAGCCUUGGCGGAGUACUGCGCUCUCUGAGUGCUUUUCAUAUUUAACAUGCACUUAUUUUGUUCCUCCAUUUAUUUUUGGUCUGUUAUACGUUUGCGAUGGAGUGGUUUUUUGUUUUUUUUCUCGCCCAUCUUGCUCUGACAAGCCUUCCUGAUACUGAGGGGUAAAAAUCUGAGAUACUGUCUGAAAACAUUUUGCUCUUUACCACCAGAUAAUACCUCUCUAUCUUCCUGCAAUAAUAAUAAAAAGUAUUAUACCCAUCCACAUAACAGCUACAACCGAGACUGUUGACACUGCAGCAGGUCUGGAUGUCACCAUGACCGGACAGUCAUCCUACAAGGGCAUUGAAAUGUGAAAUAAAAGUCUAAAAAAUA